AGCAGAGCAGAGCAGAGGCUAGCUGUUGUUGAGCCUGGCUGUGAGUGAGUCAGUGAGUAGUCCUGUGUCAGCUGCUGCUAGGAUGAUGCAUGCGACUUGAUGUGAGCGAUGUGCUUUGAUUGGAAUUGGAGUGUGCUUAGUGGUUAGGAUGCAGCGACAGUGCGGCCUGUGUUCGGCCCUUGCCGAGGUGUUCCGCAGGGUCAUGUGUAUCGGUGCUAGUCGCCGCGGGUCGGCCGACUCCUAUUAUCAGGAGUUGCCGCCGCCUCAACCUGUGGCCACACACGCGCAACCGAGAGGAUCCGGAAUAUCAGUUGAAACAUCUGGAUCUCAUACUGUGCUCAUACGGAUACCUGAUGCAGUGACGAGUGGGGGUGGAGGGUUGGUGCUGGACAGGAGGCGGCUGUCCGAGUCGGACUGGGUGCUGCUGGAGGCGAUCGACUGCCGCCCCCGCACAGGUCGCUUCCUCACCAUGCACAAGCGGCGGCGGAAACGACUCACCACACGGCAACUGUCGCAGGAGGCACCCGCUCUACUCGACGACAUCCAUCACGGCCUAGUGCAGUGUGUAUUGGACCGUGUGUGGCAAUGGCCAUUCAACGCUUUCACGUUGGACACUGUCACAGGAGGGAGAUCGCUGCCAGUAUUGUGUGUUCAUUUGUUUCACUGGUACGGUCUAGUGGACCAUUUCAAUUUGGAUGUGGUGCGAGUGUGGAAAUUAUUUAGUUUAGUGGAAGAAGGCUACCACAGUACAAACCCUUAUCAUAACUCAAUUCAUGCGACUGACGUCACACAAGCGAUGCACUGCUUUCUUCAGGAGGAAAAGAUUCGUAAACAUCUGACACCUCUGGAAACGAUGGCUUCACUGAUUGCAGCCGUUACGCACGACUUGGAUCAUCCCGGUGUUAAUCAGCCCUUCCUGAUUGCCACUUCCAAUCAUUUAGCUGCCCUCUAUGAGAAUACUUCGGUUCUGGAAAACCAUCACUGGAGAUCUGCAAUCGGCUGCCUGUUGGAGAGUAGUCUGGCCGCGCAGUUGGAGACUAGCAUUAGGCCCGAAUUAGAACAGCAAAUUAGUUCACUCAUCUUAGCGACUGAUAUCACUAGACAACAGGAAUUUCUCACAAAAUUCAAGAGGUACCUGGACCAGGACGAGCUGGACAUGAGCCGCGCAGAGGACCGACACUUUAUCCUGCAGAUCGCGCUGAAGUGCGCCGACAUCUCGAACCCGUGCCGGCCGUGGGACGUGUCCAGCAAGUGGGCGCACAAGGUCUGCGAGGAGUUCUUCCGCCAGGGGGACUACGAGCGCCAGCUCAACCUGCCUGUCACCUCGCUCUGCGACCGACACUCCACUUCUGUACCAAAGAUUCAGACUGGUUUCUAUAGAUUUGUAGUAGCGCCACUGUUUGAGGAGUGGCACAGGUUCCUGGGAACUGGGCUCUCAGACAGCAUGAUGACGCACCUCAAGGGCAACCAAGCCAAGUGGGAGACACUAGUGCAGCAGGAACUCGCCGACGAAACCAAAACUGAAAUUUCCGAAGCUGAAGAAAUACCCGAGGAAGAAGUUUCACUGCACGUGUCGGAGGAGUGCGACGUGAGGAGAGGCUCGCUGGACGACAGGAGCUCAGACAUGAUGCCCACCCCCGACAGCAGCUUGCUGCAAGUGGAUGCACGCGUGGGCCGCCGCCACUCCAUGCCACUCACUGUCACGCGUAUGCCGCCCAUUAUACAGCUGCCUUGCACCAUCUUGCGGCGCGAGAGUCUUCCUGUCGCUGAUAACAGGAGAAGGAUGACACUUGGCCCAAUCCUUCACCUGGAGGAGGACGAGGAGGAGCUGCAGCAGCUGUCGUCGCUGCGAUCAUCGUGCAGCAGCGGUGGUUUCCAGCGGUCAUCGGACGGGGGCGGAGGUGGAGGCAGCGGCGUGGACGAGCGGCCUGUCAGCGCAGAGAACCUGCUGCCCGAGCCCAGCAUCGCCAGCAUCACCACCUCCAAGGAGGCCACCCGUCUGCAGAGUGUGCUGCAUGCGUCCACCGGUCUGGCGCCGCCAUCCCGUCUGCCACUCACCCGCCAGCAGACGUUCCCGCCGAUCCAGCCGUACGUCCGCCAGCGCUACAUGUCCACCACCGGCGAGAUGGUCGCCGCAGACUCGUCGUCGUCGUCCAGCAAAUCGAGCGUGAAGCGUGACAGCACCGAUGCGGACAUGGUGCCGCCCGACAAGCACAAGCUGGCCAAGAUGGCGCGCAAUGGCGGCCAGAAGGAGAAUGUCGAUCCGCGCAAAGACUUGGAUCUCAGCGAUGCUAAGGCGCGUCGCAGUAUACCACAGAGUCUGUCGCGACGGCGCGGCUCGGCGCCGGUGGUACGGCAACACGAGGAGUUGGCACUGCAAGCACUGCAGAUGACGGCCGGGCGACGCGGGUCCGCCGACGCAGCCGCCCUAGGCACUCGCACAAGUGUGUUGAAACCUCUUGGGUUGAAAGAGAAUUCAUCCUGCCUGAGCAUGCCUCGCCGGUCGUCUCUCCCGUAUGACCUUGCUCGCCACAUGCACUCUCACAACAACCCAUCCUCUUUGCAUCCUGCAGGACUGGCUCCAGGCGUGGAUAGUGAGAACGGGGGCGGGGGCGGUUGCGGAGGCAGCGGAGGCGGCAAGAGUCGGUCUGCGGUGGUGAGAGGGGGCGGCAAGAAGGUGCUUAAGCGACGCAGCUCUGGUGGACCGGAGACGUUUGCCGUUUGGCCACCUGACCAGAUGACACGCAGAGGCUCGCUUCCCGUCGAUGCCAUUGCAGGGACGAGCGGUGGAAACGGGAAUGGAAGAGGGGGGGGUGCGCCUCUUCUCUAGUAUGAGAGUGAGAACUGAUAAAUUAUGAAAAUUCGAAUAACUAAAGCAAAAACUGCCGUUCUUCAGGUAUUACGUUUCUAGGACAGUCUAUUUUGAAUUAAGAACUGACUAAACAAUUUAAUAUCAUACGAAACAAUAUCAGCAAUCGAUGAAGCAAGAAAUAUGAAAAUAUAUAACAUUCAAAGGUAAUAAUUAUCUUAAGAAUGUAAUAAAUAAGACAUUAAUAACUCGGAAACCUUCCUGGUUUGUAAUUAGAGUUAAUAGUUGUCAUCAAAUGAAUCAACACGAAUGUAGAUUCUGUAGUUAGACUAUAAAUGUGAAAUGUGGUUCUAAUUGUUGAAACUUGUGCUUUCUCGAAAACGAGAAUCUUCUAAUUGCCAUUUGAAAUCAGUUCAUUGUUCCUGAAUACAUUCAUGUCUGUUGUAUUCCCAAUCAAUGCCGUGUUCUUAGUAAACAUUUUAAGUCAUAACAAUAAAUUGCAUUGUCGAUGCCAAUAUCAACACUUAGCCUAUGUUCAUUCAGGUGAAAUUUAUAGUUCUCGAUUUCAUAAAAGCGUUUCACAUUCACUUCAUAUGAUUUUAAUUUACAAUUAAGGGAUUUUUAAAACAUUUAUUACUCAAGCAACAUGAAUAUUUUUUAAUGUAUAAACUUGUGACUUCUUCCAAUAUUAUGAUCCAUAUACAUUGUGAAGAUUUAGUUUUGAUAUUUUAGAAAAAUGAUUUAUUGUUAAAACCUGUAAAAUUGACAGCAUUGUAAAAAUAAUGAUAGCAAUGAUCUAUUGUAAGAAAUUGGAAAUCGAUUGAAUAAUAUUUACUGUUGGUUAAGUUAUGGAAGUCGAGGCAGUGAAUUGAAAACUAACAGAAAAAUUCAAUAAUGUAAAUAGCUAUUGUAAUUACGUUUUAGUGAUUAAGAUUUAAACCCAACCAGUUUUACUUGUUAUUCAGAUAGAUAGGUCUGAUGGAAGUUUUUGUAUUGAUAGGAGAUUGCGACAGGACUGCUCUGGUUCAAUAAAGAGAAGUUACUCGAAGAGACUGAUUCUGAGAAGUGAUACUUUUAAUUAAUUGGGUCUUCGGAAUUUCCCAAUAAAUUUCAAUACAACAUUCAUGAAAUUGUUACUUUUGAGAACAAUUUCUGUUGAGUUUGUGUUUAUUUGGACAAUCGAUUGAGCCACUACUUUAGCUGCUCAGAGUUAUCACACUUGUUAUUUUUGAAAAACAUGCACACAUUAUUCAAAAGUUUAAAAGAUGAAGCCUCAACACUCAAAGCAUACGCGGUUAGCUGUCAACAGAAUAUGUCGAGUUUGUAGGAAGAUUCAGAAACAGUUUUUGCGAUCGAAGGAUGUUGUAAAAAGGGAUUAUUACGAACAUUGAAAUCUAAAAAAUACAUCAUUUGUUUCGGUUUUUAUGAAUUCCUUUUAUCCCUUUUGGCAAAAACAUUUCGAAUAUCCAUAAACGUUAGCAUUAAUUAUUGAUAUUGUCAAAGUGUUUCAUGGAUUUCUCAAUUUUAAUAUUCAAUUUUUAUUUCACUUGAAAAUCUUGUGAUUGAAUUAGAAAUUGUGACCUUUACCCUGUUCUAAUAAUAUCAUCUCUGUUGUACAGAAAUAAGAAGGCCUAAGUAAUUUUCUUCACACAUUUUUAUAGCAGUAUUAAGUACGGAAGCUUCUGAUUAAGUCUCAUUAUUAUUUGUUCUUUUAUUGUGAAGUCUCAUGUCUUGUUUCUCUGUCAAACUGUGUAAUUUAUUCUUGGAGACUUUAAAAACUUAUGUAUGUGAAAUGACUAUUGUUGUGAAUUGGUAAGUGUUGAUUGUGUGAAUACCAGUUCAAAGGUGAAUUUCCCCAUUCACGAUGCAUCACGGAAAUUAAGGGUCCAUAUCUCGACUGUUUAUAUAAUAAUUGGUGAAUAGUCAACCACAACUCAAAUGUUAUUUUCUGAUUGAUAAUACUUUCGCCUUAGAAAUUGUAGAGAAAUUUAUUUAUUUUAACUUUUUGAGGUGACAAAGUAUUGAUGAUCUCAUAUGCUUUUUAAAUCUGUCCUGAAAUUCUGUGCCCUAUCCUAUUCCGGCAGGAUCAUCAAAAAUUGAUGUUUAUCAACCAUAUCAAUGUAACGGUGGUACCUUAAUCAAUGAUGGUUAGAAUGUUAUGAUUUAUUCAUCUUAAAAAACAGUUAAACCAGUUCCAGUAGAUACAGUUUACUGUUGCUCCGCACAACAUACAUGGUAUUACAACAAGUUAUAAUAGCAACUCACUUUUCAGAGUUAAAGUCUUCUCGCAUUCACUGCCCCUACAUUACAACAAAGACAGAAACAUCAAGCAUUUCCAACACAUACUAUUCAAAUCAUUGAUAUCCGAAAAAUAAAAAACCAACAUUAAAUAUUUAACCACAAUUUUAAUUCAUGACAUCCAAAAUUCUUCAGGACAUGUAUUAAUCAAUCACAAAUCAAAUUAUAAUAAGAAUUGCUGAAUUCAAAAGCGAAGGUACCUGUGAAGUUCAUUUACCAGAUCAAGUUUCGUAGUUUCGCAUGCAAAUGGAAUUCUUUAUAUCUCUGAGUUAGCAUUCGAGAAAAUCUCAAAUUUUAUGAAUCUGUUCCUCUUUAAACUUUUCAGGAAUAACUUCUGGGGCCAAUAGUACCACACUUAUCAACAUACUGAGGCACCUAAACUUUGGUUGGCUUCUCUAUAUAUUAUACUAUUCAGUCAGAAAUAACAGAUUUUUAACUGUAUUUGGGAUCAUUGGGUAUAGUAGCGAUACUUCUGCUCAUUUUUCAAUUGCAUUUAUCACAAUAGAAUAUUUCAAAUAAUAGUAUCCGGAAAAUUGAUAAUAUACAUGGUACUUGUUGAGGAAUUACUUACUUGAAAGAAUUAGAGCGUCUAUUACCAACAUAUUAAAAUUGUCUAGAUGUAACCCGAAAUAGAAACCUAUUAUUGUAAUAUAUAUUGAUCAGACCAUACAAUCAAAGACUGUGUGUAUUAUUUUUGUUGUAUAGAGUAGCUAACUAAUGUUUAAAAUUAUUAUUCAUAUCUAUUGAAACUCAGUUUGCAUCUCAUUCAUGUAAAGUAUUCCAUCAACCUUUAACCUUUGUCAUGAAAUCGUGCAUAAUUUGUACAGUCAUUCAAUCGAUAUUCGUCAAGCUAUUUAUUAAAUCAAUAAUAAUCAAUAAGAGAUGCAGAUUGUUUUUCAAAAGCACCGUCGAAGUGUUCUUUAUUAAAUGUAUUUUACGAAUAAUGGUAGUACACAAGAAUAAUGUUAUAGUAGACAGUUGAAAUAUGUAUCAAAGACCAAUCUGUUAAUAAGUGGUAAUAACUGUUAAAUAGGUACCUUUUCAAGUUGAAUGAGCCUAUUGAUAAUAAUAAUUCAAUUUUCGGGAUAUUUUCCUCAUCUAAUUCUAAGCAAUUGUAUAUUCUUGUAACAAUAUUGUAAGUGGACAUAGUGCAAAAUACUGUACUAAUCGAGUGAUUAUGUUCUCUUCUUGUGGACUUUGCAGAAUCUAAUGCUCAUUAUUAUCCUUAGAUAUUAUUUGUGCUGGUGAUGUACCGUAAGUAUUCACUAGUAAGAUAAAAUAAUGAUUUCAUUAUGUAAAAUCCAUGCGCUUGGUGGGAUUCGAACCCACGACUGUUCCGACACCAAUCAUUUGUUGUUUUUCUAAAGCUACUAAUAUUUUUUCUUAGGUUACAUUUUUCUAUAUACGUAAUGUACAAUUGUACACUUGAAAAUGGUUAAAUUCUGUCUUUGAGCGUCCAAUUACAGAUAAUUGCAAAUUAAUGGUAUUUUGCAUUAUGUUCCCAAUGUAAUUUAGUCUAUAAUUAUUGUGACUUCUAAAAUUUCUAUAUUUUCAUUUUCUGUGUACAUGAUUGAUCAAUUGUAUACGCUUGUAUUGAAUUGAUGGUUCAAUUUCUUCUUUAAAUAUCUGACCCUACUUUCUACUUAUAGAUCUAUCAUGUUCGCUAUAUGUGAGCCAUUUCUCCCAUUGAGUUCAAGAGUCGCAAAUUAGCUUUUCUGGUGAGUACAUUCAAACAUGUUCUAUAAAAAAUGUGAAAUGAUUAUCUCUUAUCUGUUUAUUUUAGACUGGCUAGAUCAUUUAUACCAUAUAUCAUUUCAUAGAAAUUGUCCACAAAUUCAAUUUCUCCUUAUUAAUAAAUUCAAUAAUCAUAAAGUAUUUAUUUAGUAAGUCAUACUUUAUUAUUCUCCAUAAAACAAUUAUUAUUGGACUAUUCUCACUUAAUACGAGUACCGCAUUUCUCAUCACUUAACUAUCAACAAUAAAUUGUUGAAAAAAUGUUCCAUCCUUUUCUACAAUACAUUCUUCUCAAUCAUCUGAUGCAAUAUUUCAUCAAAUCUUACAUUGAAUAAAUCUUGUUACUUUUUCCUUGAGCUCAAUGGAAGAAAGAGCUUAAUAAACUAAAUUCAUUGUUACCGGUGUAAAUUUACCUGACUGGAACUGUAAAGAAUUAUUUGAUAUUUGCGUGCGUGCGAGAUGAAUGUUUUAGACUAAACACCUAAUGUAGAGUUCUUCUUGAUGAACCCUAAUGGAAUGAGAAACUCCUGUAAAUAAUGUUAAACUGUGAACCUUUUUUAUAUAGACGUUAGGUGAUGUGGAUUAUUAUUUAUUUGUUCCGUCUAUUGUGUAUAGUAUGUAUAAUUUUCAACAUUUACGAAAUUCAUAAUUUGUUGCACUAGACGGAUGAAAGCAAAAUUCUACUAAUAUUUUACUUUCAGCUCAACAGUUUUUAAGUUGAAAUAUCAAUUCAUUAUAUAUAUUUUGUCUGAAAACAUUCAUAAGACUGAUGGAAUUUUAGUAGAGGUUGUUUCAAACUAAAGUAAUAAAUAAGGUCAUUGUUUUGUGGUAUUUGUUAUUUCAGAUAAUAAAUGCAAUAACAUGUUUGUUGACUAA